AACCUCGAAAUUAAGUUUGAAAUAUUGUGAGCGAAAAAGAGAUGAUUGAGUUCUUUACGGUUCAUUUUUCAUUGUUCUGAGGGGUAAAAAUGGAGGGAGAUUCCAGUGAUAACGAUAAUUACUCGAUGAAGUGUGACGAUGAUCCGAACGACAAGGAUUUUGACGUUAACGAGUUUGUGAACCAGAGUGGAGACUCUGAUGAUGACGACAACCAAUGUGAGGAGGAGGGACAGAACGUCGAGGAAGACGAGGAGGAGAGCGAGGAGACGGUUUACCCUGGAGGGCACAGAUUGAACAAAAAGUUCUUCUGCAUUCGUUAUCCUGGAAAUGUUAUCAAUGCUGACAGAGCUGUGGAGACACUAGGGGGGAUUUCAGGGAUUUCCACAGCGAUAACGACAUCAAAUCGUCGCCUGGAACUUCGAUUCCGUCCCUCAGACGGUUUUUGCAAGCCAGCCUGUGGGGAUCGUCACCCAGUGUCGGGUUUCCUCCUCAGGAUCCGCAUAAAGAAGUCCAGAGUAGAUCAGAUAACAAGAACAAAUAUAGAGAGCUCAUCGCAAGCUCGAGGCCACGAGUCAGCGAUGCCAAAGGACCCCUGUAGGCCAGCAAUCGAGGACGAGAUCGAGGACGUCACGAAGUACCUCCGAAGCUCCUCGAUCGACCCAGAGGAUGCCCCGAAACAGAACCCAUCCCCUGGACAAACUGAUCCGAAGAAGAACACUUCGAAAUUCGACAAAUCAAAGUGCGAGGAUCUCUCUGGGGCCCUGGACUAUCGCCUCCCCAAGCUGAAGAUCCUGGGCAGGGUAGACACAGAGUUCAGGUUCACGAAUUUAUGCGAUUUUCAGUACCUCCCGGUGACGAGGAGCUUGAAGGAUCCCAAGGUGAACGAGUGCAUCUACGAGAAAAUUCAUCCUGUGGGGAUUCCGCCUUACAAGUGGCUGGAGAACAAGGUCCCUUACUUCUUCCCACCAGCCGUCUUCAGCAGGAUGGAUACCGUACAGAGUUUCCCGUUGAAAACUGAUGUCAAGGAGUCUGGUCAAGACACCACAAUUGGAAAGACAAGAAAGCGUCGUGCAGGUCUCUCCAACUACAUCCACUUCACCACAGCAACGAUUCCCACAGGUCCCCCGAGAGGCAUCGAGACAGCGAUGAAGGUGAAGUUCCUGAACAUGAAUCACCUCGAGAAGCUGAAGGCCCUCUUCGAGGAGAGGCCGAUCUGGUCCAAGAAUGCAUUAGCCUUCAAGACUAACUACACUAAUGAGCAGUUGAGGAUUCUCCUCCCAUCCUGUGCGUACUACUUCCUGACUGGGCCCUGGAGAAUCAUGUGGACAAGGCUGGGGUACGAUCCGAGGAAGGACCCCUCCGCCAGGAAGUACCAGACCCUGGAUUAUCGGUUGAAAUCCAUGCACGGACUGGAGCAGAACGUCAAGGGCAAGAGAACUUACUCGAAUUAUAUUCUUCCUUACAAGUCUGCUAACAGCGCUAAAUCUAGGACAGCGGUCCUCAGGACUAUGGAUCUGGAGGGGGGAGUCGCCAAGGGGACCACCAAGUCUGAUAAUAUUUAUAUUUAUCGUGAGGGGACUAUUCCACCUUCGAGACAAAUGUUUUAUCAGUACUGUGAUGUCUUGUCAGAGGAGAUACAGGGGAUGCUGGAUAAACUGCCAGACCCAUUACCAGGGACCAAGUGCCACGAGAAAAGAGGAUGGCUGCCAGGUGGAUUCAGUGAUCAAUGCAGAGAAAUAAUAAAUCGACAAGUAAAAGCUGUUUUGAGAAAGAAAAUGAAUAUUCCUGAGGAUCACCCAACAACUCUUCCCAGGAAACGAAGAAGCAGGUUGAGUAUGAAAUUACCCUUUGGAAGAGGUGAGAAACGUCGAAAACUGGUGGAGAAGAAGAACUCUGGGGAAAAGAAAAAAUCUAGCAAUUCGUCAAACGAGUCUGACCCAGACUGGGAAGACACUUAAUCAACAGAAUCAUCAGCAAAUAUUAAAAAUAAUCUCAUUAAUAAAUUUU